AGCCUUUUGGACCAAAUAUUUGGUCAGCAGAAGAUGUAUGAUUAUCGCCAACAAUUUCCUUCUGAUUGGCUAAAACUCAUGAACGAUUUUGAAAUUAAGAAGCGCGGGGUUCGGGUCGUGCAGCAAAAAGAGACAAGAAUUCGCCUGCCACGCAGUUUCGUCUCGUGGAUCAACGAUGCCGUUACAGCGGCUUUGAAACGCUAUUCAAAUGGAGAAAUCAGAAUCCUCAACGAUGAGUACUUGUGCUUAAGUUCGAGAGUUAUGGUGGAGCAGUUUCGGCCGGUAUUGGAAGCCAUGAAGGAUCACUUGAGAGUGCUCCUUAGCGAGCCACGGCUUUCGAAAGUCACUGAGAUGCUAUUAGUUGGAGGAUUCGCGAAUUCUUUGAUUCUUCAGGAAGAAAUCAAAAGAAGGUUUUCCAGCAGGUGUUAUAUAAUCAUUCCUAAUGAUACCAGUACUGCUGUUGUCCAAGGGGCUGUCUUGUUUGGCAAGAGUCCGGGUAGAAUAGUGCAAAGAGUUGUCAGCAAGACGUAUGGAGCCGACUGCUGCCGAGAGUUUGUCCGCGGAGUUCACCCAGAAGAAAAGAAGUUUGUCGCGAAUGGCGUGGAGAUGUGUAAUGAUUUGCUUAACUACUUUGUGAAGGAAAAUGAAGUCGUUAAACUCGGGCAGCGAAUAAAAAGUAUCUAUCGACCAUUGUAUCCAAACGAAAAGAAGAUCAAGUACUCUUUCUACGCGGCAGACAACCCCAAUGCCCUUCUUAUCACUGACGCCGGAGUAAAAAGGAUUGGAAGCGUUGUGGUUGAGUCUCCUGAAACGUGGAGAGGUUUGGAUAGGGAACUGGAGGUCAGUCUGUAUUUUGGAAGAACAGAAAUAACCGCAACAGCUCGAGACAUUUCGAGUGGCAAUACAGCGCAAACUACACUGGACUUUUUCCACGUCAAGUAAUGAUCAGUCUCAGCGUUUGGAACGUUAUUCUUACGUUACAUUUCUUGCGUUAUAUAACCGUGAAAUUAAAGGGGAAAAUAUGAUCUAGAAACCAUAAAAUCUUUAUCAUCGCCACUAUGAAAUAAGUUUUCAAAUUUACAACAUACUGCGUCUCAAGAUUACAGAGGGUCACCUUACUGUUCGAAAGAUGUCUUGAAAUGUGCCAAAAAUUCGACCUCGAAUGCUGCCAUUUUGAAAAACAACUCAAUAACAUAUACGUACACGCGAAACUACAACACGAAGUUUACAAACAGCUGCUUCUCUAUUUGAUUCGAAAAUGUGUUUUGGUGUGUCUCCUAAUUGUUCCAACAAACUGCCAAGAGGUGAAACACUAUUACAGGACUUAGACUAGCAAUUUUUCUUGCGUUGGCCUGUCUUAUGUAAUGAUUCCGAUAUCACUUUUUUUCAGUGAGAAGAAUGAUAUGAUUUCUCUAGCAUACUUUUUCUUUAUUACAGAAGAGUGUAUCGCAGUGAUGUACGGAAUUUAAGUAAUGGCAACUCCUUGAGAUGUGUUUACAAAUGAGAAUAUUUUUUUCUGUUGGUCAAAUAAGUGAUUUUCACAUUAUUCCCUUGGAUGUAAGAUAGCAUCAUAGACCUUAGUGCAGCCUUGGAGCUGAAAACAUUAGACUCUUGUUAGGCAAACAGCGUAAAACGGAGGGAAAUAAAGUUAUAUGUAGAUGUACACAAAGAAAUAA